AUGGGUGUCUCUCUCUCAACGGCCAAAUGGCUCGCGCCACUGUCCUUCGCUGUCGACUUUGCAGCCCAGAACUAUGGCAUGCUCAGCUCUCCUAACAUGAAAGAUGUCCAUGACGCCAACCUGUCAUUUUGGUCACCGCAGCCCUUCUUCAUCGCUGGGUUUUUCUUCCCCCAGCAGCUUUUUCAGCUUGCUUGGCUAUGGCGCUUGUAUAAAGCGGAUGUCAGCGUCGAGCCAAUGGAUGCGGAUAUUGGAACGAUGAUUGAUUUUGCACCAUUUUACGCCAUUGGUAACCUUUGUAUCGCUACCUGGAUGAUUUUCUGGAACAGCUCGAACCUCAAAACUGCGAAUAUUUUUGUCACCAUCAACAGUCUUACCCAACUUUACUUCAUCUUCAAGCGUCUUCCGCCGAUGAACACAAAGUCGAUCAACUCAGUUCUCACUCACGUAGUUGCCAAGACGUUUGCCGGCAUCGGAGUCUUGGAUCUUCUGCACAACACUUCGGUCGCCUAUUUCGUCCACCAGCAGCCGUCCACUACGUUGAAGGUGCUCACCGGCGUGGGAUUCGGGCUGUUGGCCAGUGCUAGUGAUUGGAUCUUCGGUGGUUGUCUUGUUUACGAUCUCGUUGCUCUCUCUGUUGGUCAGUCAGUCUAUGGCAAUGCCGAUUGGAGCAGGCUGCUAGGUAUUUUUGCCGGAGGUGCGGCUGCCAUUGUUGGUGCUCGGAACUUGUUAAAGCCUCCAUAUAUCAGUCAGUCUGUCGCAGGCUAUCAACCUCUGUAG